AUGAAUGAUCCUCCGUACAAAGAUGCAUCAAUUAUGAAAAUAGAAGAUGUGAACCAUUUUUCAAAGAAGAUGCUGCACCGUCUACAAAAGAUAGCAGACGAUCUGAAGAAAACCAAGAUUGAUGGAAAACUUGGUAUACGUGGUCAUGGUCGAAUGACACAAAGUGAAGAAUAUGAUCAUAAUCAUCACAGUUUACCGUUAGGUAUUAUGAAAGCAAUUCGACCGGUGUUUGAUGAAUUGGCUCAUCCUGAUACUCUAAAAAGAGUUAUCAAUGGCGGCUCUCAAAACGCGAAUGAAAGUUUUCAUUCGGUUUUAUGGAGCUUGGCCCCAAAGAAUCGAUAUGCUACUGGUGUGGUCAUCGAUUUAUGUGCAGCAAUUGCUGUAUUAUUAUAUAAUGAUGGGAAUCAAUCACUUAUACCAGUUAUAGCUGAAAUAACAGGUAAAAAUGUUUAUAAAUUUGGUAUACGAUGCACUAUUAUUUCUAUUUUAGGUGGUAGUGGUUUUUAUACGACGGUUGCAAUGAGAAGACUUGAUGAACGUCGUGUAUAUUACGAACACAAACUAAAAAAAAAAACCCAAGAAAAAUCAAAAUUAACUAAAGAAACAUUUGAUUCGCCACAAGGUGAUCGUAUGAGUCUUGGUAAUAAUGGUGAUGAAUCAUUAGACGAUUCAUAUAUAUCUGGAGCGUAUUGA